AUGUCGAGUUGUGCUUUCAGUGGUUACGGCCUCUGCCGCAGGAAGCCUCCCCGUGGGCGACUUGCUGGUCGCAGUCUCCAACGACAUGGUGCUCAGCACCGCGCCCAACCCAGCAUCAAACCACUUGAGCUCUAUGGCAUCCGCAAAGGACAAGACAGCGGGACUACUCAUCAACAUUCACCACAAGUCCGAAGCAGAGAGCACGUAGACCAAGGCCCCACUCCCUCUUGCCCCCCAGGGGACGCCCCUAUUCGCGUGGUCUGCAUUGCCGAGAACCUCGAUAUGGUCCAGUACCGACCAAAGACGGCCUGGAGGGACCAGAGCGGUUGCUUGUACAAGAGGCGAACCUAUCGUGGCGGAUCUCCAAUUUCAGACCGGCGAAAAGACACUGGUCCACGGACCAGUAUCGACGGUUUGCGUGGCUUUUUGUCGUUUGCUACUCAAUCCGUGGCUAUACUAGUCCACGUUGCAAUAGAAUAUCGCCACAGAGCAGCACUCGCUCUGUUAUCCAUCACUAUCAGUGUUCUGUCACUUCCCAAACCCGAUGUGUGA